AUGUCAAAAAAAAUGACUAACAAAUCCAUUCUUAAGGCAUUAGUGAGAAAGAAGAGAAUCGAUGACCAGAAUGUGGGCGAAAGUCAACUCUCCCGAUGUCUAUCACUGUUUGACUUAACGUGUUUGGGUUGGAUAUUACUUUCCUCUCCUAUUCUUGAAUCGGUUCAACACUUGCUGCGGUCGCUUCUGUCUUCGCUG